AUGACGGUGGAAAAUCUGCGAAGGAAGGCUGCAGAAGCAGAGAGAGGCAAGGACGACAAUGACGCUGACGUCGACGACGACGACACGAGCGGCAUAGCUGGCACACUUCGACGCUGGAACAUCAACCCCAACCUGGUGAUGCUCAAGAUCACGCUGUUCGUCAUGUACGGAGCGACAGCGGCGCUGUUGCCAUACCUGACGAUCCACAUGCAGAGCAUCGGGCUAACCGUGGAGGAGAUCGCCUUCGUCUACCUCGCGCUGCCAUUCACCACGUUCCUCAGCCCGCCCGUCACUGGGUACCUGGUGGACAAGUUCGGCAGGUACAAGCCGGUAGUGAUCAUCGCUCUGGUGCUCAACGCCGCCUUCCACCACUCGCUGAUGCUCAUCCCGCACAUGGAGACGCCGGGGGACACGCCCUCCGCCUACGUCAUGAGGCAUCCGGAUACGGGGAAGGUGGAGGUGUGGUGGAGCCCCUGCCCGAGCCGCGAGUGCCCCGAGGAGGAGGAGCUGGACAUGAUCCUGGCGUCGUGCACGGACCACUGCCUGCUCAAGGAGGCGCAGCCGGACCUGGCGACGGCGGCGCCUCCUCCGCAGCUGCGCCGCCCCCCGCAGAUGCGGCCCAACCCGCCGCCCGCCGCACCGCCCCAGCUGUCGGUGCCCAAGGGCUGCCCCACGCUUGACGAGCUGAUGGCGGCCGCCGGCAUGGCCGUUACGCCCAAGCCGCUGCACUUCCUCAUGGGCUGGGACAAGCGCAAGAACCGGCGGAAAAAUAAAAAGGCCCCAUCAUUUGCCACUGGACUGGAAGAGCCUGACAAACCUGCCAACAGCACUGCAUUCAUUCUUCUUGGAAUGCAUCCUGACCUGGGUAAACCGAUGGAGCAGCUUGGCUUGCAGUUGGAACCGUAUGAUGAUGAAUCAACUACACAAUUUCUACAGAACUUUGGGGAAAAAGUGUUUCACGAUGCAAAAGUUAACCUGACUGCUCUGCUGCAAGAAGAUUUACGCUGUGGUGGACUGGUGCUUGCAACAAACCUCACCUUGAACACCCUUAUUGAAUUAACUGCUGACUGCAUGUUACAGAAAUGUAGUUUUCGGGAAGGUGGACCAGAGGUGUGCCCACCAGACUAUAAGGAAAGUGAUGACCGAAUCUUUUGGAUAUACUUCUUUCUGCGCUUUUUAGGAACUACAGCACUAACUGCAGGGGUCACUAUGCUUGAUCCUAUUGCACUUACAAUGAUUCGAAAAUAUGGUGGACAUUUUGGUAGAGAGCGGCUGUUUUCUACUCUUGGAAUGGCCUUUUUUGCGCCUCUUGUUGGUCUCUUCAUAGAUCAGAACAGCCAGUACCUGAGUUACACAGACUACUCUGCUGCAUUCUACACGUAUGAUAUACUACUUGCCAUAUCUGCAGUGGCCAUUGCUCUGUUGCCACUUGGUGUGCAGCUGCCGGCAGACAACAUCAUGCGGGAUUUAAUGCACAUUGUGCGGUUACCCCAUGUUAUAAUAUUCAUAUUUUUCCUUUUUUUCCUUGGGAACUUUUGGGGUUUCAUUGAGUCGUUUCUUUUCCUCUACCUCAAGGAACUUGGUGCAUCAAAUUAUCUUCUCGGUUUCACAGUAUCCAUUGGAACCAUAAGCAGUGUGCCAUUUCUUUAUGGAGCAGGUGAUAUCAUUAAGAAACUGGGCAAUGUGAACAUUAUUAUUCUUGCAUUUUUCUCCCAUGCAGCAAGGCUUAUGGGCUAUUCAAUGAUCGAGAGUCCAUGGUGGGCUUUUCCUUUUGAAAUAAUUGAAGCAACAGCAGUGCAUCUUAUGUGGACAGCAGCUGCAACAUAUUGCACAAUUCUGGCUCCCAGGUGGUUGCUAGCAACACUUAUUGGUGUUCUUGGAAUGUCACAUUUCAGUUUAGGACGUGGCAGUGGAAGUUUCUUUGGGGGCAUAUUAAUUGGUAAAAUUGGAACUCGUGAGUCCUUUAGAGCCAUGGGAAUCAUAGCUAUAGCGGGAGGUGUUGCUUACUGGUUACUACAUCGAUACUGGUUGCGAGAAGUUGAAAUACGUAACAGACAGAGGGCAGCUGAUGAAGCUGCUGCAGCUACACUACAGGACAAAGAAGGCAACACAGCAGACCGUGACCCUCAGAAGGAGGUGUCUAUUAGCAUGGAACGACUCAGCCUGGUUAUAGAGCUUAACCACAGGGGUAGCCUUACUUCACUUGAUCUCGGCUCACAGCUCCCUGGCUAUCGCAGUCGACGUGGCUCUUGUGCCAACACAAAGUUUCUGUAG